AUGGCUUUCAAGAGUGGGUCAUUCGCGACCUUCCUCAUCGUCGGCCCGGUAUGUUUCUUUCUCGGAAUAGUCUUCUCUCUGUUCCCCUACGAUUACCCAUUGCUAUGGGCCGGUGAACCUACUCCCCCGUCGCACUAUGAUUAUCUUGAAGCGCACCUCCGCUUUCUACACGCAUCGCCACCUCUGAUCCCGCGCAUUCUGCACAUCGUCAUCUUCGUCGGAUUCGCGGGAAUGCUUGCCAAAUUGUACAAGCCCUCUGAGUCCAACAUGCUCUUUGACGGCGCCAGCUUGGUCCUAUACGUCUGCGGUGUUACUGUCUACAUUGCCAACAUUGUCAAGGGUCUCCGCCUCGUGAGCGGCGGUAUCUAUGGUGCGGAACUGGCUGGAAAUGAAGAGGACGCCGAGCAAGUCCUCGGCCGCGAGGACAGUCUCAAAGUACUGGCGGCCAGCAACACCAUCCUUGCCCUCAUCCUAGUUGGUGUCCUAAUUCUCCAAGCUGGUCAGUGGUAUGCGGAGAAGAAAGACCAGCAAGAGUUUGAAAAACUCAACCAGAAGAGCUCAGAGAGCUCGUCCAAGAAGGAACGCCCCGAGUCCCCUGUCGCUACUCGAGGAACAAGUCGGCAAGGCAGCAAGAAGAGGCAGUGA